AUGGAGCUCCCGGGGGCCGGGGGGGCCGCGAGCAGCAAAAAAGGGAACGGGCGAGGGAAAAAGAAGAAGCACAGGAAGGAAAAGGGGGCGCCCCCUCCCCACGCAGACGGCGGGACCCCCACGGGGCCUCUGAGUCCUUCUUGCUCUGACGACACUCCACGUACCCCUCCAGUACCCCCUUUGCCGCUUCCUGCUGCCAUUGGAGAGGGGCUGUUGGGAUCAGACGAUGAGGAACAAGAGGACCCCAGAGAUUACUGUCGAGGUGGGUAUUACCCAGUGAAGAUCGGGGACCUGUUCAACGGGCGCUAUCAUGUGGUGCGGAAACUUGGCUGGGGGCACUUUUCGACCGUCUGGCUCUGCUGGGACAUACAGCGGAAACGUUUUGUGGCUCUCAAGGUGGUGAAGAGUGCCGUGCACUAUACAGAGACGGCCGUGGAUGAAAUCAAGCUUCUGAAAUGUGUGCGGGAUUCGGACCCCAGCGACCCCAAGCGUGAGAACAUCGUCCAACUGAUCGAUGACUUCAAGAUCUCAGGGAUCAACGGUGUCCAUGUCUGCAUGGUCCUUGAGGUUUUAGGGCACCAGCUGCUGAAAUGGAUCAUCAAAUCCAACUACCAAGGGCUUCCUAUUCCCUGUGUCAAGAGCAUCCUAUGCCAGGUCCUGCAGGGCCUUGACUACCUCCACACCAAGUGCAAAAUCAUCCACACAGACAUCAAGCCAGAGAACAUCCUGUUGUGUGUGGACGAGGGUUAUGUGAGGCAGCUGGCAGCUGAGGCGACUCUCUGGCAACAGGCUGGGGGGCCUCCCCCUUCCGGCUCUGCAGUCAGCUCUGCACCCCAGGAGAUCAUGAACGGGAAGAUGUCCAAGAACAAGCGGAAGAAGCUGAAACGGAAGCAGAAGCGGCAGAGCCAGCUGCUAGCUGAGCGGCUCAAGGACCUGCAGCAGCUGGAAGAGCUGGCGGUCACGGCAGCGGGGGAUACGAGCGAGUCCACGGUAGCUCAAGACCUCAAUGAUGGAGCCCCCGUCCCUGUGGCCGGAGGAGCAGAGCCUUCGGGGGGGUCUUUGGCCUGCAGCCCCCAGAGCCUGACCUCGUCCUCCGGCUUCUACACGCACAACGCCUAUGACAGCUGCAACGGGCACUCCACACCAGGUGCCGCCAGCCGCCCCUUCAGCCCCGACUCGGCAACGUCAGGUUUCUCAGGAUCCGUCUUCUCCAGCUCAGCCAUGUCGGGCAUUUCAAACCAGCGGGAGCGUGGAGGGCUGCUCUCCCCCAGCUCAUCUGCUUUCGGAACCUCCAGAUUCCUGGUGAACCCCCUGGACCCCCAAAAUGCGGACAAGAUCAGAGUGAAGAUCGCGGAUCUAGGCAACGCCUGCUGGGUGCACAAACAUUUCACAGAGGACAUUCAGACCCGCCAGUAUCGGGCUCUGGAGGUUCUGAUCGGUGCCGUCUACAACACUCCGGCCGAUAUCUGGAGCACAGCAUGUAUGGCCUUUGAGCUGGCAACCGGCGAUUAUCUCUUUGAACCACACUCGGGCGAGGAUUAUACCAGGGACGAAGAUCACAUUGCCCACAUUGUCGAGCUGUUGGGCGAUAUCCCUCCGCACUUUGCUCUUUCAGGACGCUAUUCCCGCGAGUAUUUCAACCGGCGGGGAGAGCUCCGCCACAUUAAGAACCUGAAGCACUGGGGCCUGUACGAGGUGCUCGUUGAGAAAUACGAGUGGCCCUUGGAGCAGGCGGCCCAGUUCACGGACUUCCUCUUGCCCAUGAUGGAAUACAUCCCCGAAGAGCGGGCCACGGCUUCCCAAUGCCUGCAGCACCCGUGGCUGAACUCCUAGGGCCCAGCGUGAUCCCGAUUAGAUGGAUGGACCGCCGAAGCGAGGGGGACUAUCCGGCGCGGACUUCCCUGCUCCAGGGCGUGGCCCCCUUACAGGGGUAGUGGAGGAAAGUCCCCACUUCUUCUCCCCUAAGUGGAGGG